AUGACACAUUUAACUUGUUUUUCGAUUUGGACAUUUGCUUUUAGCUUAUACUUCGGCGUGUCGACAUGCUACUUUUCAAUACCGCUGAGAAUGUACCCGGGAAAGUACAGUGUAUCUGGAGGCCAUGGAGGUUUGACUCCUCUCCGGCUCGUCGCUGUGAAGUCUGAUGGAGACGGCCUCUCUUUGGCCUCUGAUCCAGCUGGUACCGUCAACUUUCUGGACAUGGUCAACAACUUGCAGGGAGACUCUGGAAGAGGCUACUACUUAGAGAUGUCUCUCGGUAGUCCUGGCCAAAAGCUGAACAUCCUGGUGGAUACAGGCAGCAGUAACUUUGCAGUGGCAGCAGCUCCACACCCAUUUAUUACUCACUAUUUCAACACUGAACUUUCCAGUACCUACCAGUCAACUGGCCAAUCUGUAGCUGUUAGGUACACCCAAGGCAACUGGGAAGGUGAGCUGGGGAUUGACCAGGUCUCCAUACCAAAGGGCCCAAAUGGAUCCAUCACCAUCAACAUUGCUGCCAUCUUGUCAUCUGACGGCUUCUUUCUUCCUGGGAUCAACUGGCAGGGCAUCUUGGGACUGGCCUAUCCUUUGCUGGCAAGGCCCGACUCGUCCGUGGAGCCCUUCUUUAACUCGCUGGUGAAACAGCUGGGAGUUGCCAACAUAUUUUCCCUCCAGAUGUGUGGGGCUGGACUUUCAGCCACCAGCACCACUGAUCCACCUGCUGGCAGCCUGAUAAUGGGAGGAGCUGACCCGACGCUGUAUCGGGGGUCAGUGUGGUACACCCCUAUAGUAGAGGAGUGGUACUACCAAGUGGAAGUGUUGAAACUAGAGGUUGGAGACCAAAAUCUCAAUCUGGACUGUAGAGAGUAUAACACAGAUAAAGCUAUAGUUGACAGUGGGACGACGCUGCUGAGGCUUCCUGUCAACGUGUUCAGUGCGGUGGUAGAAGCCGUCACACGCAGCUCUCUGAUCCAAGAGUUUUCUUCAGGCUUCUGGGAUGGCACCAAGCUUGCAUGCUGGAUGAUGGGAGAAAACCCCUGGAAGUUUUUCCCAAAGUUAUCCAUCUACCUAAGAGCUACCAACACCAGCCAGUCCUUCCGCGUAACCAUCCUGCCUCAGCUGUACAUUCAGCCGGUUACAGACGUGGACGGCACGCUGAACUGCUUCCGCUUCGGGAUAUCGUCUUCAGCUAACGGUCUGGUGAUUGGUGCCACAGUUAUGGAGGGCUUUUAUGUCGUGUUCGACCGCGCUCAGAAGAGACUUGGUUUCGCUCUCAGCAGUUGUGCUGUGAGUGACGGGGUGGCUCUGUCAGAGAUCGCAGGACCCUUCACAGCAGCUGACGUGGCGGCCGACUGCUCCAGCAGGUUGUUGAAGGAGCCUCUUCUCUGGGUGAUCUCCUACGCCCUGAUGGCGAUCUGCGCCGUGGUCCUCAUCAUCCUGCUGCUCGCGCUGCUGCUGCCCUACAGGUGCAGAGACCGCUCCGGGGAGAUCACAGACGAGUCCUCGCUGGUGCGGCAUCGCAUCAAGUGACUGAGAGGGAGCGGACGAACGAACACAGUGAGUGGACACAGCCCGUCCACAGCUGUGGGGGUCAGUCUGCACUGACAUUUAAUGCUGAGUCUCAGCCCGAGUUAAGACUGCUCUCAGCAGCGUGACCCAUGGAUGUAGAUGGACAGAUCAACUCCCUCUGAAGGGAAGCUCCACCAAAACACUUCAGAUAACAGCUGUUAACACUGAUUCGUGUUCCUGACUGUUUCUUGCUCAGUGGUUUAUUUCUUAUUCCUAAUGUAUUGAAACAAUUCAUGAAGACACUUUCAU